CUACACAGAAACACAACUAAAAGUUCAUAAUGGUGACAUUUGUAUGCUGAAAUCAUAUCUUGCUUCUCUGCCUGUUGUAUGUUUUUAGGUGUAAGCAUGUCAAAGCAAAUGGUAGUCAUGCAGCCACAGCCUGUUAUGAUCUCUAGAGAUUCUGAUCAGUGGGGGUCAGGUAUCUGUGACUGUUGUGAUGACGUGCCUGAAUGCUGCUUUGCUUACUGGUGUUUCGCGUGUUUCACGUGUAUAAAAGCAAAGAAAUACGGUGAGUGUUUAUGUCUCCCCCUGCUGGAUUUCUGUGGUAUCGUUCCACCCAUAACCAUGUCCAUACGGGUCUCAAUGCGCCAGCGUUAUGGCAUAAAGGGUGACAUGUGUCAUGACUGCUUGGUGGCCACAUUCUGCAGAGCUUGUGUUUGGUGUCAGAUGUCACGAGAGAUGAAGGCACGAAAUCUACAAAUCACUCUUAUUGGUGCCAGGAAUUUGUAAUGUGUUUUGAAGCAGCUAUGCUGGUGUGUAAAUGAUAAGAAUCCUGACACACUGAAAGGCAGAUAUGUUUAUUAAUAGAUCUCACUAACUGAAUCACUUUUAUAUUGCAUACUGUAAGAUGCUUAUUAUAAUAAUUAUGAUUUUCUGUCCGUUCCUGAUGUAAUUUGUGAUGAAACGCAAGGAUAUUUAAGUUCUUUUUCUACUAAAUGCAAUGUCCGUUUUGUUGUGUAUAUUUAAUGUCUGUUACUCAGUUUCUAAUCGGCAUCAUCAAUAUCAUGAAAAGUGUGAUCAACUAAAUUAGUGUUCGACAUAGUUGGAUAGAUGUGAUAGUGUUGUAUAUUUGUGACAAUAUUGAAUGUACUCUAUCAUUGGUAACAACAUACAACGUUUAAAACGUUUCUGUUUUUGUCUUUAUAAAGCUUAUUAAAACAAUACAGAAAUGCAUAAAAUGGCUUGGGGGAAAAACACUUUUUGUCACCAGGAUUGAAUUUAAUUUAAGCAAUAUGUAAAGUAAAAAGAAAAGUAUGACGUGUAUUGCUUCGCAUGUUUGCUUUUUUGUGUUUGCCUUUAUUUUAAGACUGAAUAUCUUUCAGUUGUUACACAAUACAUUAUUGAUCAUUUUCUUUGA